AUGGCCGUAGGAGCGGCUCUGUUAACGAUUCUCCUCUCCGUCGCCGCCGUGUUGGGAAGCGAUUACUCCGCGGUGCCUCCGAACAAGGCCCAGCUACACAGCUGGUUCAACCAGAAUGUGAGGCCAGUCAAUGAGCGGAAGUCAACGCUGGACCCGGCGCUGGUGGCGGCGGAGCAAGGCAGGAGAGUGAUAACGGUGCGAAAGGACGGGACGGGAAACUUCAAGAGGAUAACGGACGCCAUUAACAGCGUCCCUAGCAACAACAAUAAGCGUGUCAUCAUCAAAAUUGGACCUGGUGAGUACCGCGAGAAGAUAACCAUUGAUAGGACCAAGAGGUUCGUCACCUUGUACGGCAAUCCCAAUGCCAAGCCCACCUUGUCAUACGGCGGCACCGCCGAGCAGUAUGGCACCGUCGACAGCGGCACCUUGAUUGCCUUGGCUGACUAUUUCGUCGCUGCUAAUCUUAUUAUUAAGAAUACUGCACCAAAGCCGGAUGGGAAAAGAAAGGGAGCUCAAGCAUCGGCAUUGAGGAUAUCUGGUGAUAAGUCAGCAGUAUAUAACUGCAGAAUCCUUGGGUUUCAGGACACCAUUUGCGAUGACAGGGGCUAUCACUUUUUUAAGGACUGCUAUAUUGAAGGCACUGUAGAUUUCAUCUUCGGAAGUGGAACCUCUAUUUACUUGAACACAGAGUUACAUGUUGUGCAAGACAGUGGAAUAGAAGUGAUCACGGCGCAAGCAAGACAAUCAAACGAUAAUACCGGAUACUCGUUCUUGCACUGCGCAGUAACCGGCACCGGCAGUAACACCUUCCUCGGGAGAGCUUGGAUGAGCAGACCCAAAGUGGUUUAUAUCUACACCAACAUGGGCAAUGCCAUCAACCCUCAAGGAUGGAGCGAUAAUUUCCACCCUGAACGCGACAGCACUGUUUUCUAUGGAGAGUACAAAAACAGUGGAUCGGGAGCGAACAUGGUUAAACGAGUGAAAUACUCAAAGGAGCUAACUUAUGACCAAGCGAAGCCUUACAUGACGCUUGGCUUCAUCAAGGGUUCCAGUUGGUUGCUUCCUCCUCCAAAUGUGUAAAUUAUGUUACAAACUUAUGUAUUUACUUCUUUUUAUACAUA